AUGGCCGAGUACUCCCACCACCAUGGCCGCCCAACCACGCCCACCGGCUCUUCCAGGACACACAGACCGAACGGAUCCAUGCGAACACUCAAUACCAACCAGCCCAAACAGGAGACCUUUUUCGACGAUGCCACUCCCGUAGACCGAUUCAACGACAACCCAAAGCACGACCCACUCCGUGACUCUCACGAUCUUUCCUUCGCCGAGGGCGGCAACGUGAGAGACUCUGUCGUCGACAACAUGCUGCUCUCUCUGGACCAAUUCUCUACAGGGAACCUGUUCGGCAGCUCAGGACCUCAGUACCCCAGCUACGGUGAAGACGACUUCUUUCUUAGAGACAACUCAUACCGACCGCCCGGCGCGCGCCAUCGGGGCCACACGUACACCUCAUCGCGCUCCUCUGACUAUGAUCUGAACCCCGACGAGCACUCUCGAUACACUGCCCACCACUCGCGUGCUCGUCGAAGCAAUAGCAGCAACAACAUCGGUACACCAAUCCACAGGAAGGGAAGCACGCGGGACAUGUACACAGGGAGACAAGGCACUACUCAGUACGGCCAACUUCAACAAGCGGGUCACCUGAGAGGCAACAGCAAGAAGGGCAGCAUGGGCAGCGGCUCUUCGAGCAUGGACUUUGGCCAGUCUGGCAUCUUGGGCAAUCAGCGCCUUGGCUUUGGGAAGCGCUCGGCGAGUUUUGAUCACAGCAAUGCAAGCGACCGGGGGAGAAUCUCGCCCUUGAGAGUCGAAUCCGUUUUGGACAGAGGCAGGGUCGCCUAUCAAAACUAUCCUGAUGAAUACGAUGCGGCCCCCGAGCCCACCGUUCCGGCCGGCCCUCGAAGGGUUCAGGAACCACCACAAUCCCCCCUCGCGUUUCCUCCCCAGCCAUCCUACGCCGCACCGCAGGCACCCCGGCCUGGUCGCAGAGGCAGCGUCCGCUCCAACACGAGCUACAGAACUUUGCGAAAGAACAAGAGCCAGCCGGGACCAAGCAUGAGGGCCCAGGCGCAAGAAUUCGUCAAUGCCAGCACGUUACGAGAGCUGCCUCCUGUGCCAUCAUGGCAAGAUCCUUCAGCUCCAUCACCAAGCGUGGCUGCACGAAGUCCACUGUUUCCUCCUCAGGCUCCAGCAGCGCCAAAGCCUGGCUUCUUCCGCCGAGUGUUUGGUGGAGGCUCUUCCAAGUCUACACCACAACUGUCUGCUGCCUCCGGCGCCCUGAACUCGUCGCAAGAGAAUUCAACACCUGUCCCCAGUAAACCUCAGCCGGCCGAUGUCAACUCAGUGUACUCUUCCGCACGACCGCGCACGACGCCGAACAAUAGCAGUCAUAUUGCUUCUCAGAUAAAAUCGUUACCAAAGGCACCCCAAACUGCCAACUCUGCGCAGGGAGACGCACAAGCACUGCACCCGCCGACGCUCGGCAAAAAGCCAUCAUCAUUUUUCCGGCGUCGAAAGAAGUCUAUUUCUGAAAGCACGAAACCACCUGUCACGGCUCUCGAGUUUACUCAGCCAGCCAGGCCGGUACUGCCCCCACAGCCCAGCCCCGGAGUUAGCAGUUUGCGACAAGUUAUGAACCCUUACCUCAACGACGCAGGACGCACGGGUGAUAAGGCACUUGACGCACGAGAUGAGCAGUCUGGUGACGCUUCUACGAAUGGAUUCUCACCAAACUAUAAACCACACAAGGAUACAAAAGUUCGCGCAAUUAAGUCAACUUCGCGUGGGGAUGAUCAGACACCUCCUGCGUCACGAGGGGAGCAAUUAAGAGCUUCUGAUUUGAGCAAUACAGGCAGUCCUAAGCUGAAACUGAAGUUGAAGCACGCGAAGUAUGUUGUCCCAACCCAACAAGAAGAUACCUUCCUUGCAGAUAGCAGCAGCUGUAAUGAAGAUCGCAGUGGUCGCGCAACGCCAACCGGCGAGUGCAGUGGCACCGAGGAAAGGAGACCAAGCACAGGACCCACCCCCUCGUUACUUGGGCAAUCUGAAGCAAAAAGCAAUCACAAGCCUGGUGGCGACCACCGGGCCGAGCUUUUAUCACCCCACGACAACCCCAUUUCUAGAAGUGGUUCAGUGUCACAGUCCGCUUCAGAAGUCGAGGACGAAGGCUGGGUCAUCACCGAAUCAUCCAGCAAAGUGCACAUUACUGAUAAGAAAAGUCCGGCCGCGAAGCGUGUGUGGCUUGAUACCACUCUACCAGACGCACUUGGUGAUACUACCGACGACCUCAAGUUACCCUUGGAAGGCGCGCGAUCCUCCCAGCAGUCACUCGACAAGGUCUCGUCAGACGCCAAUACCCCAACCUCACCUAAUGACGUCUUCCACUCUGCUACAAGUCUGCCCAUAGUGCAGGUCGAAAGUCGCGACUCCGACACCAUGCCUGCUAUAGUCGAGGACCGAUCAAUGCACAGCGAGCCCACUGAUGCAGAGCGUGAACGUGCAUUCCAGAUCUACAGCGGCGGUGAUUCUUCUAGUCUGAAGGCCCAAGCAGCUACAUUGUUGGGCGAUGUUAGCUUGUCUAGCACACGCAUGCGAAAGGCCUUUAUGGACCUCUUUGACUGGACCGGCAUGAACAUCUUGGCUGCUAUGCGUGACCUUUGUGGCAAGAUCAUCCUCAAGGCCGAAACCCAGCAGGUUGACCGCAUUCUCAUGAGUCUCUCAGAGCGUUGGUGUGAAUGCAACAGCAGCCACGGCUUCAAGGCAGUUGAUGUCGUGCAUACCAUUUGCUACUCUAUUCUACUCCUCAAUACAGAUCUGCACUUGGCUGACAUUGAGUCGAGGAUGACACGAAGUCAGUUCGUCCGUAACACACUCCCUACUGUCACCCGCGUGUGUCAAGACUCGGUCACGGCUGCUGGAGAAGAGACGCUAAGACCGCAUUCCACUCACUUCCGAAGACCUUCUCUGCCAUGGAACGACAAGUCGGAACCCAGCUCGCCAGGUGCUGAAGCCGCCACAUUCUCUGCAGAUAUGGAAGAGCCUGUGGAAGCUAGGAAAACCCGCAGUCGUCUCUCGAUCCGACCCCCCGCCAGAAGUGGCUCAGAAGGUCUACUCUCCUUUGAUUCUGCAGUGUCCGAGUCCAACACACUUGUCAACUCACCAUACAAUGGUCCCAUGCGAGGAUGGGAGUUCCAGAUCGAGACUGUACUCAAAGAGUUCUAUGACUCCAUCCGCAAGCAACGCCUGCCACUCCAUGGAUCUUCCGAGCCCGUUGUUCAUCAUCAGCCUUCUUCCAACAACCUCUCCGUCAGCAACAUGCUACGUCGGACUCCCAGCGUGUUGAGCAAAGCACCGUCUGACAACACGAGCUACCGUGGCCGAUCACAAAACGAUUUCCGCAAUGUGGGCAGUCGCUGGGCCUCUAAGAACCGCUCAAAGCAAAGAUUGUAUCCUUCAUCUACUGUAGCGUCUAGUCGAACCAGUCUGGACGACGGAUCGGUGUGGAGCCCUGCCGGAUCAAGCUCCUGGAGUCGUUACUCGUACGGCAAGACUGGUACGUCCAUGUCGGUAGACUCACUAGGCUCACACUUUGCGCAUGGCGACUACCAGCAGGCUAUUGGCUUUGCCAAUGCUCUCAGUCAAGCUAUCAUUCGCGAGGAAGGCAUGACCAUCGCCAGUGACGAAGAGUUUUCCCGCGUCGCCCCGCUGUUGGAAGACGAAACUCUCGAGCUGGUCGGAGCACCCUGGGCUAAAGAAGGCAUCCUCAAGCACAAACGGCACCUUGAUUCAGUGGAUAGGAAGGCAAAGGAUCGAGCGUGGAACGAGUGUUUCUCCGUUGUCGAGAAAGGCUGUAUGCGUCUGUUCUCAUUCAGCAUGAACUCCAAGUCGGUUAGGCAGAAGAGCAAGCUGCGGCCAUCUGCUGGUGGUGUUGUAGGAGGCGGCAACUGGAUGGAUAACGCCGAAGCCUUGGACAGCUUCCCACUCCGCCAGACCAUUGCCAGCGCGCUACCUCCUCCGGGAUACUCGAAGACAAGGCCUCAUGUGUUUGCGCUUUCGCUUCCGACAGGAGCUGUUCAUCUUUUUCAGGUCGGAACGCCCGAUAUCUGUCGAGAGUUUGUGUGCACCAUCAACUACUGGUCAGCUCGUCUCUCGAAAGAACCUCUGAUGGGUGGUGUUAGCAGCAUGGAAUACGGUUGGGGCGAGAACGUCAUCAAUCCAGCUUUGAUUCGACAAGACAGUGCGCCAUCGGUACAAGGCCACAUGCCCCGUCCGAGUGUCACAAGCUCCCUUCGUAGUUCGAUGGACCAUGCCACCGGCACGCCAAAACCCAGACUUCCUGGUGACAAGGUCGUCCUAUCCGAUUGGAGCCCACCAGCAUCAAGCAUGAUGGCUAGUACCCUGAUGGAAGUGGAUCAGCUCAGGGCUCUUACCGACUACGUUAAGAACAUUGAGAACGAGCUCGCUCACCACAACGAACUGAGAGCACCGUUGCUCAUUGCCUUUUCCCCUCGCCACCCCAAUGCUCAGAAGGCCAUGGCCAACUGGGAGCGUAAAUCGCAAUACCUUCUCCGGGAAAUUGUUAAAUUCCGGACCUACAUCGACACACUAGCAACCGCACAAGUGCAGAAGCAAAAGAUAUAUGCCGAGCGCGAAGCUCGUGAACAACAAGAGUUGGGGGACGCAGAGAAGGACGCAGACGUUACCAUGAAGGCCACUGAAGAUGAUGGUGCGAAUGAAGCUUCCGAGCCUGCUCCAUCCAAGACCAUGCCAAACCCAGCUCUACCAGCAGCUUUCCUUUUACACCCCUGA